UCCGCGACGGCGCGUAAUAAUUAGUCACAACGCUAUAGUGAUUAUUCUGUCUGGGUCUUUUUCAUAUCUCAUUUAACUACGUUGACGCAUUGAUCGAAAAUGUAAAAAUAUAAAAAAUAAAAGUAACGUUCGCGUUUUUUAGGAUGCACUACCUCGUUAGAAUGCAAAAAGCAAAAUAAUGAUCCAGUCUUCAUGACCUGCUGGCCUAACAUCCCCUAAAGCAGUACAAGUCCCAUCACACCAUGCUUUUCUCUCUGCGUGAGCUGGUCCAAUGGCUCGGCUUUGCCACCUUCGAGCUCUUCCUCCAUCUUGCCGCGCUGCUCGCAUUCAGCGUGUUUGUGGCUCUCCGUGUGGACCUGCUGACCACCGUGAGCUGGUGGCUGGUGUUCGUGCCGCUGUUCGCCGCAGACGGCCUCAGCACCUACUUUACGGCCAUCGUCUCCAUCCGGCUGUAUCAGGAAGGCGAGGAGCGGCUGGCCGUGCUGCGUCUGCUCUGGGUGCUCACCGUGCUCAGCCUCAAGCUGGUGUGUGAGGUGCUGCUUUGCCAGAAACUAGCCGAGCAGACGCGUGACCCGCUCUUCGGCCUCAUAGUCUCGCCACUUUUCGUCCUCCUGCAGCUGCUCAUGAUCCGUGCAUGCCGUGUUAAUUAACGAGACCAUGACGGAUCGUUGCCAUUUUAACUGUUUGGCUCCACCCACGUGAACUCGAACGAACAUUUCCGAGCAGUUAUUUGCUCACGUGUACAUUGUUUCAAUCAGAGAGAGAUUUGCUUACAAUUCAGAGUUGCAGAGUAAAUGACAUUCAUGUUUUUUUUUAAUGGUCUUGGCUCAAGUUUAUAAACAUGGUGUCGUUGUAUCCAUUAAAGCAAAAUCUGUGUGUGUGUGUGUGUGUGUGUGUGUGUGUGUGUUUUUAUUUAUGUAUUUCUGAUGUCCUAAAUGCUGAAUGACAUUAGCUUUCAUUUCUGUUUCUCAGAAUGAUGUUAAUCCUAUUCUGCCUGUGUGAUGACAACACUUUGUUUGUACAUAUUGUAAAUAAACCAACAUACAUACA